AUGGCGCCAGUGACUCCAUCGCCACACCGUUUUGUCGCCGGCCACCGAAGACAAGCAUCGCCUGCGAAAGAAAGCCGAUUGCGUCAGGAAGCUCUCAUCAACAUCAACAACAACGUCGCGGGGCAACCACCGCCAGGACCAAGUGCAAGUCAAUUUGCUCGUGCKCCGCGCUUCGCUUUCGGACGCGCACCACAGACGACGCAGCCUUCGCGACCUCGACCACUGCCAAGCCAGCGUCUGAUAGAGGCUCUUCGCACGCGUCCAGCCGACGAUGUUGAAGAACAGAACCUCGCCGACGAUGAUGAAAUGCUCGAUGUUGAGCAGACCGAAGCCUUUCCAUCAGUCGAGACCGGGGAUGAAUUGAGAGAUCUUCCCUACUCUCCAAAACGGCGCAGGUAUUCGAUUGAGUCUCCCAAUGCCGAGUCUCACGUCCAGCGUCUUUCACCGAAUCGCCCAACGUUCAGACAGCCAGCCACUCCCGUCUCACAUGUCACCGCGGCACAUUUCGCCCGACCUGCCAGUGUGAGUGGCUCCUCUCGGGCAGAAGAUACACAGACACGUCGACCCGCGUUCCUCCGUGCAUCUCUCGCCCCAUCCGAGCAGCAUGAGCCACUUCCGGAAGCAUUCUCUCCACAUCGGCGCGGGGAAAAGUUCGUGCCAGGUGGCAUGGCAGCGACACUGCAGCAGUGGGUCAUCGAGACCGGUCAGAAUGCGGCACAGAGCAGACGUGGGCAGGGCUACUUGCGCGGAGAGGACUACGUAUUGCGAUGUACAGUACUGUCUAUCAGCGGGAAGGGACCUUUCAUGAUUCGCGGCAAACUUUCCGAUGGUACAGAAGUGAAGCUGCUGCUCGUGGCCAAUUCCAAGCAAACAACCGUGGCUGUGGGAAGUGAUGUGGGCGUCCGGGCUCCAUUGUGGAACAUCCAGCUGGAUAGUUGCAGCUGGCAAGUGGGCGUGGAUUGGAGGAUGAUUGAAUGA